AUGGAGUUGGCCCGUGUUUUGAAGGAGCUCAAACUAUCAUUUGUUAAUGCUGAUACUAGUCUGGCAUUAAGUUGUGUUUCAAUGCUUUCGCAAGUUGCGUCUAUUGUAAAGUUUAAUGGGCUGAAUUUUGCUGAGUGGCAUGAACAAAUUCAGUUUCACCUCGGUGUUCUGGAUCUUGAUCUAGCACUCUUGACUGACAAGCCCGCUGCUAUUGAUGAUAAUAGCAGUGCUGAUGAUGUAGCCUUCCAUCAAGCAUGGGAAAGGUCAAAUAGACUCAGCAUGAUGCUUAUGCGAAUGACACUUGAAAGAAACAUCAAGUCAACAAUUCCCAAAUUUGACAGUGCUAAGGAUUUGUUGAAACAUGUGGAGAAAAAUUCACUUUCUGAAUGUGCUGAUAAGGCCCUAGCAGGCACACUUAUGGGUAAACUGACCACCAUGAAAUUUGAUGGUUCACGUUCCAUGCAUCAGCAUGUUACUGAGAUGUUAACCUUAGCAGGAAAAUUAAGGUCCAUGGAAAUGGAAGUGAGUGAUACUUUCCUUGUUCAAUUUAUUUUAAACUCUUUGCCUCACGAGUAUGAGAGAUUCCAAGUGAAUUAUAAUUCCAUUAAAGAUAAGUGGAAUGUACUCGAAUUGCAUAAAAUGCUAAAUCAAGAGGAAAGAAGGCUUAAGGGACAAGGGAUUCACUCAGUUAAUAUCAUGAGUUAG